CCCCUGGCGACGGCGGCGUUGCCGGGCGGGGCCUGAGGGCCGCCCAUGGCCGCGGCCGCGGGCCAUGGCGGAGCCGGCGCCCGGAGCCGCCGCACCGCGGGGCCGGGGCCGGGCCUGGGAGCGCGGCGGCUCCGCGCGGGACGCCGAGGACAGCGCUGAGCCCUCCGGCCCCGCUCACAGCGGUUCGGACACGGAGCCGUCCGGCCCCGCUCACAGCGGUUCGGACACGGAGCCCCCCGGCCCCGCUCACAACGGUUCGGACACGGAGCCGUCCGGCCCCGCUCACAAUGGUUCGGACGCGGAGCCCCACGGUCCCGCGUUGAACUGUUCGGGCACGGAGGCUCUCGACCCGCAGGAAGACGCGGAGCCCCCCAGCCCCACCGAGGACGGGCCGGGCACGGAGCCCCCCAGCCCGCAGGAGGACGCGGCUGCCCCGGUGGGGCCGGAGCUGUCGCUGGUGCCGCCGGAGCUCCGCGCGCGGCUGCUGGACCGGCGGGACUACCGGGGCCGUGCGCAGGCCGUGCUGCAGCUGCGGCGGGCGGUGGAGGGCUGCAGCCCCGCCGCGCUGGGCGCCGCGCCCGCCGCCGCGCUGCUGGGGCUGAUCGCGCUGCUGGACGCGCUGCUGCGCGACCCCAACUUCGCGGUGGCGCGGGGGGCGCUGGCCGUGACCCGGCUGCUGGCGCUGCGCCUCGGCAGCCGCGUCCCCGCCGUGCUGGCCCCGCUGGUGUGCGCGGCCGCCCGGGCGCUCGGGGACGCGCAGCCGGCCAUGCGGAGGGACAGCGCCCGGCUGCUGCUGCGGCUGAUGGCGGCGGCCGGCCCGCGGCCCGUGCUGCGCCUGCUGCUGCAGGAGCGGCUGCUGCGGCACCGCAGCGCCCGGCUCCGCGAGGAGCUGCUCAACGCCUGCAUCGCCGCGCUGCUCACCUACCCCGCCGCCGAGCUGGACCUGCCCCAGCUGGCGGCCGCGCUGGCGCCGGCGCUGCUGGACGCCAAGCGCAGGGUCCGGCACGCUGCCAUGGAGGCGUUCGCCGCGCUGGCCUCGGCGCUGGGCCCCGGCAACAGCGGCGCGCUGCUCCGCGCCCUGGACGCGGUGGAGCUGCGGGCCGGCGGCGCGGGAGUCGUGCGGGCCGUGCAGGCGCGGCUGGCCAGGAAGGUGCUGCCCAGGCUGGGCGAGCAGGGGCUGGUGGAGUACGGCGUGCCCUUGCCCUCGUCCGGCCGCUGCCGCGGGCCGUGCCAGCCGCCCGGCGCCGACACCGAGUGGCUGCUGAUGGGCAGCAGGAGCCGCAGCGCGCACGGGCUCUGCGGGCACCCUGCCUGUGCCCAGCGCGGACUGAGCCCCGCCAGGGUCCUGAGCGCCGGCAGAGGCAAGAACAAGCUGCCCUGGGAGAACGAGCUGCCUGCGGACGGGGAAGGCGGCUCCGGGGCGAAGAUGCCUGUCGCGAAGGGUGUGGAGCAGUUGGCUGCGUCCAAUGAUUUCCUGCACUCCCCGAAGCUGCGGCCCUCGCAGGGAGUCCCCGUGAGUGAUGAGUGGUUUCUCAGCAGGAACAGAGCUCCCAGGGCUUUACUCCAGCCCAGUCUGGAGCUGAACUGGGAGCAUUCUGCCCGUGGUGCUGGUGCUCUGGGCUCUCACCAGCCCCAGAUUCCAGGGAAAUGUGGGACACUUGGAUACCCGCAGGCACGUGGGAGGAGCGGCAGCGUGGGCUCUGGUUUGCAGUUUUUGGGAUUAAAUAACUGUCAGCAGGACAAAGUUUGUUCCAGCCUCAGUUUUUCCAGCAAGACUCAGAGAAGUUUUUGCCCUCAGGCAGAGCCCGCCAUGUCCUUCCAAGGUGCCAGUGCCAGCCAGGGCACCUUCAUCCUGCCCUCCUUCCCCCUGUCAUCCCCCAGGAGCAGCCCCAAGCACCUCUCCUCUCCUGCUGCCUCUCCAGGGAAGUCCCAGGAGGAUCCCAGGGGCCUCUCCAGCUCCUGGCCUCUCAAAAGCUUCGAGGGGCUGCCCAAGCCUGGGUCCCAGAAGCAGCUGCUCAGCCAAAAGCCAGGAGACAGCACAGGGGACAGCCCUCUGGAGAAGCCCCCCGUGCCGCUGGAGAAGCCUUCCCUGCAGCUGGAGAAGCCCCCCGUGCCGCUGGAGAAGCCUUCCCUGCAGCUGGAGAAGCCCCCUGUGCCGCUGGAGAAGCCUUCCCUGCAGCUGGAGAAGCCCCCUGUGCCGCUGGAGAAGCCUUCCCUGCAGCUGGAGAAGCCCCCCGUGCCGCUGGAGAAGCCUUCCCUGCAGCUGGAGAAGCCCCCCAUGCAGCUGGAGAAGCCCCCCAUGCAGCUGGAGAAGCAUUCCCUGCAGCUGGAGAAGCCCCCCGUGCCGCUGGAGAAGCAUUCCCUGCAGCUGGAGAAGCAUUCCCUGCAGCUGGAGAAGCCCCCCGUGCAGCUGCGGGCCGCCCUGGGCAGGGCCCCGGGGGCGCUGCGGGGCGCCCGGCCCGUGCCCCCCAUCCCGCGCCUGCCCAGCCCGCGGGAGGGCAGCGAGGGCACGGGGCUGGCAGCAGGGCUGGCCCAGCUGCAGCUGCAGCCCGAGGAGGUGGACCAGGAGGAGAUGCAGAAUUCGCUGAGGUCCCUGCGGAACAGCGCAGCCAAGAAGAGGGCGAAGCUGAGCAGCAGCAUCGCCGACCUGGAGAGCCCCGACUCGGCCGUGAAAGUGGAAUUUGGCGGGGAUCGCCUCUCGCAGGGCUCCUCCCCCGGCGCCGCCUCCCCCGGAGAGAGCGGCAUUUCCAGCCGGGAGUCCCCGGGCUCCCCCGUGGGCACGCUGCCCCCCAGGAGGAGAGUGAUGUCAGACACUUUUCCAGCACUUGGCAGCAAAUCCCACCCUGCAAAAGCAUCUCCAGCGAGGCCCAGAGACGCAGAGGGGGCAGAGCAUCACCCCAGCACAGGCCCUGCAGAGCCAGUGCCCGGGUUUGCACUGAGGAACGAUCUGGGUCUCACUUCUGAGGACGUCGUUGUUGUUGGUAAAGGUGUUUUUGGGGGCCCAGCCCCCAGCCAGUCCAUGCCCUGUGUGGCCAAUGGGGAUGCCCAGGGUGCCAGGGAGGGAGCUGAGCCAGCCCCAGGGAGAAGCUUCCAGCAGAACAGUGAUUCCCAUUCCCACUCCCAUGCAGGGAGUGAAGGACAGAUAAAAGUGACCUUGUCAAAAUCUGCUCAGGAGAAGCUGAGGAGGAGGAAAGAAGAGAAAGGAGAGAACCAUAAAGAGCAGCAAGAAGGCAAAGACCUGGAAGGGAAGGAAGAAUUUCCUUGGGAAAGGAUUAGACUGAGUAUGAGUGAACCAGAGAAACUCACAGCAGAAAGGUUUAGUCUCUGUGGAGAUUUAUUGACAUCGCAAAGAAAGGGAUCUUUGUCCUUAGAAAACGUGGCCUUGAACCCUUCCCUGAAGAGAAGAUCCAGUUUGCAGAGGUCAAAGUGUUCAUCCUUGCUAGAUUCUGGCGUGGCCGCGGAGGAGGCGCGGGGCCGCUGCCGGGAGGCGCCCGCCACGCAGAGCCCCGAGGUGCUGGACCCCGCCGAGCUGCAGCCCUUCCCCAGGCCCGAGGCCGCGCUGGCCGAGGCGCUGGCGCUGCUGGCCGACCACGACUGGGAGAAGAAGAUUGAAGGUCUGAACUUUGUCAGAUGCUUGUCUGCCUACCAUGCCCCUAUUCUGACUGCAAAGCUCCACGAAACAACUCUGGCUGUGGCUCAAGAGGUCAAGAAUUUACGCUCAGGUGUUUCUCGAGCUGCUGUGGUCUGUUUAGGGGAUUUGUUCACCCACCUGAAAAAGAGCAUGGAUCAAGAACUAGAUAAUGCAGUAAAAGUCCUUUUGCACAAAGCUGGGGAAUCCAACACUUUUAUAAGGGAAGAGGUAGACAAGGCACUGAAGGCCAUGGUUAAUAAUGUGACUCCAGCACGUGCACUUUGUUCUCUUAUAAAUGGAGGGCAAAGCCACCUGCACUCGGCCGUGCGGCGGUGCACGGCGCAGCACCUGGGGGACAUCGUGGAGCGCCUGGGCCCCGAGCGCGUCCUGGCCGGAGCCAAGCCCACCGCCGAGCGCCUGCUCCCCGCCAUCGCCAGGUUUGCCCAGGACAGCUCCCAGCAGACACGGUACUACGGGCGGAAGAUGCUCUUCAGCAUGAUGGCUCACCCUGACUUGGAUAAAGCCCUGGAGAAAUUUGUGCCAGCCAAGGAUUUGCCUUACAUUAAGGAAACUGUUGGCAGCCUACGAGAGAAGGGCCUGGGGGAGAUGCCCGUGGAUACACCCUCAGCCAAAGGAAGGCGUUCCCAGACUGGGAAUGUUGGACAUUUGAGGUCGUCCUCGACUUGCAGAGAUGCUCCCAUCAUCCUGGACAGGGACAGCACGGAGGCCCACGAGGCCCCACGGAGGGCAGCUCCCCGCAGUGCCCUGGACAGUGAGGAGUACGUGCGGGACAUGGUGGGGCUGCUGAGCGCCAGGGAUUUCCGCGAGCGCAUCAGCGGCGUGCGGCAGCUGCUGCUGCACGCGCAGGGCAGCCCCGCCCUGGUGCUGGCCAACAUCAUCAGGAUCUUUGAUGCUUUCAAGCCUCGCUUGCACGACUCCAACAGCAAAGUGAACCAGGUGGCUUUGGAGGCCAUGCACAAGAUGAUUCCACUGCUCAAAGACAGUUUGUCACCUGUGAUCAACAUGUUAAUUCCUGCCAUAGUGGACAACAACCUCAACUCCAAAAAUCCAGGGAUUUAUACAGCUGCCACAAACGUUAUCCAGGCUCUGUGUCAACACUUAGACACCUCCCUGCUCCUGCAGCCAUUCUGCACAAAAGCCCAGUUCCUGAGUGGAAAAGCAAAGCAGGACCUGACAGAAAAGCUGGCUGAGCUGGUGCCGGAGCUGUACCCGCGGAAGCCCUGUGCUGUGGAGCAGAAGGUGCUGCCCGUGCUGUGGCACCUGCUGGGCAGCUGUGCCAGCGGCGGCGCCGUGCCCGGCCCCCGCACGGCCACGGCCAGCCUGGCCCAGGCCCUGUGGGCACAGAUGGGCCCCGGCCUGCUGGCCCACGCCGCGGCCCAGCCCCCGCACAUCAGCAAGAGCCUGGAGGAGCUUUUGGAGACAGGAACGUAAAAUUGGCAUCCCUGUGAAGCUCCAGCGCCGCCUGGGCCGCGCACACGGGCGAGAACAGCCCUGUGCUGGCCCACGGUGCCUGAGGGAGAGCCCCCACAGCCGGGCUGGGACAGCCUGCAGGACUGGACUGGGAGAGCCGUGCUGGGCAGCGUGGGGCUGGCUCCCCUCCCUGUCACCAGCACAGCCAUGGAAGAGCCGCUCCAACCCAUCUGUGCUUCCCUUCAGAGGCUCCAGGACCUGUCCCUGGAUUGCUCAUGAAAACCUACAUGGUCACAUCAGCACUGUGCUUUACAAAGAAGAGAAUCCUGGACACAGGGAUGCAGUGCUGUUUGUGAAAAACAUGUAUUUUUGUACCCCCACAGGCAGUGGUGCAGUAUUUGUUGUCUCAGGGCUGGGCAGUGGGGAUCAUGAACCCCAAGCCUUCUCCUUCCCCAGCUGUGGGCUCUGGACACAUUGGACAUGGGACACAAUGGGAUAUAUAAAUAAAGGGAUUUAUUUCUGUA